GACUAAUAAGAAAAUUGUCUGGCUAUAUAUAAAUCUUGAAGAUGGAAUUCCAAUUCCAAUUCCAAUUCCAAUUCCAAUUCCAAUGGCUUCAUCUUCUCCAACAAACUGUCCACCCUUUGAAUUCUCAGCUAAGUAUUAUCACGUAAACGGCGGCAGCUGUGUUAGGCAAAGCAGUUUCUUUGGCGGCGAGCCAGUUCUCAAUCAAGCCGUCGGAUAUUCCGUCAUCCUUGGCUUCGGUGCCUUCUUCGCCUUCUUCACAUCCUUCCUCGUAUGGUUGGAAAAGAGAUACGUCGGUUCGCACCAUACAUCCGAAUGGUUCAACACAGCUGGGAGGAAUGUCAAGACAGGCCUCAUCGCCAGUGUCAUUGUUUCUCAGUGGACUUGGGCUGCUACCAUCUUACAAAGCUCCAAUGUUGCCUGGGAGUAUGGAAUCAGUGGCCCUUUUUGGUACGCAAGUGGAGCUACUAUCCAGGUCCUCCUCUUUGGAGUAAUGGCUAUCGAGAUCAAAAGAAAAGCCCCCCAUGCUCACACCGUUUGUGAGAUUGUCAAAGCAAGAUGGGGCACUGCAGCCCACAUCGUGUUCCUAACCUUCUGCUUUAUGACCAACAUCAUCGUGACCGCCAUGCUUCUCCUAGGAGGCUCCGCGGUUGUGAAUGCUCUCACCGGAGUCAACAUUUACGCUGCCAGCUUCCUCAUACCGCUCGGUGUCAUUGUCUACACCUUAGCAGGAGGGCUAAAAGCCACCUUCUUAGCAAGCUACAUUCAUUCUGUUAUCGUGCACGUCGUGUUGGUGAUCUUCGUGUACCUAGUGUACGUUGCAAGCAGUGAGCUAGGCAGCCCGGGCGUGGUGUACAGGCGCCUGCUGGAGGUUGCUAGCAGGGCCAGGAGCUGCCAAGAACCGACCUCUCAUGCGGGCCAGUCGUGUGGCCAAGUUAGUGGAAACUACAGAGGCUCUCACCUCACAAUGCUGAGCUCUGGAGGGCUUGUAUUUGGCAUCAUCAACAUUGUUGGCAAUUUUGGGACAGUCUUCGUUGACAACGGGUAUUGGGUGAGUGCAAUUGCAGCAAGGCCUUCUUCGACUCACAAGGGCUACUUGUUAGGUGGAUUGGUGUGGUUUGCAGUUCCAUUUUCCUUAGCUACGUCGCUUGGGUUAGGAGCAUUGGCACUUGAUCUUCCCAUAACCGCGAGUGAGGCAAGCCGAGGGCUCGUCCCUCCCGCCACAGCCAUUGCUCUGAUGGGGAAAGGGGGAUCCGUGCUGCUCCUCACCAUGCUGUUUAUGGCUGUUACAUCUGCCGGUUCUUCCGAGUUGAUUGCUGUUUCUUCGCUAUGCACGUACGACAUUUAUCGAACAUACAUGAACCCUGAGGCUACAGGGAAGCAGAUCCUGAGAGUGUCGAGGAGCGUGGUUCUUGGAUUCGGGUGUUUGAUGGGGAUUCUAGCUGUGAUGCUGAACAAAGCCGGAGUUUCUCUCGGUUGGAUGUACUUAGCAAUGGGGGUGUUUGUUGGCUCUGCUGUUCUCCCCAUAGCUUUCAUGCUUCUUUGGAGAAAGGCCAAUGCUAAAGGUGCAAUCCUUGGCACCAUCAGUGGCUGUGCGCUCGGAGUCACAACUUGGCUGGCCGUAACCAAAGUGGAAUACGGGCGCGUUAACCUUGACACGACCGGGAGGAACGCGCCAAUGCUAGCUGGCAACCUCGUCUCCAUACUCGUUGGAGGAGCAGUACAUGGCGCGUGCAGCUUUGCCUGGCCUCAGGACUACGACUGGGUGAGCACGAAGCAGAUCACCGUGGUUGACAAGGAGAAGAGUGAGGUUUCGGAUGAGGAGUUGAAGGAGGAGAAGCUGGUUUUAGCAAAGAGAUGGAUAGUUAGAUGGGGGAUUGGAUUCACACUAGUCAUUGCUGUCAUUUGGCCUAUUCUAACUCUCCCUGCAGGACAAUUCAGCAAGGGGUACUUCACAUUUUGGGCAGUGAUAGCGAUAGGAUGGGGCACGGUGGCAUCGGGUGUGAUCAUAGCACUGCCGUUGAUGGAGAGCUGGGCGACGAUCAAGAUGGUGGUUCUAGGCAUGUUCACCAACGAUAGGCUGAUGGCGAAGAUGGAAGAGAUUGAUGUGAAGCUGCAGACGAUCAUUUCCACUAUUCCAGAUGUCGAGAGAAUGCGAUUGCUGGAGACAGACAAGGCUGCUGGUAAUAAACAUGCAUCACAGAUUCAACUUGAGGUUGUUCCACAGUGAUGGAUUUGCUCUCUUCUGUUUCUUGCUGCUGUUGAAAAUUUACUUAUGGGAGUAAUUUUUUCUUUUUUUGUGUUUGAAGUUUAGAUAAUCUGUAAAAUUGAUAAUGUAAAAUUGUGUAAAAACUACAAGGAUUUUGUCGUGAAAACUAAAAAUAAUGUGGUGGGUGCAUAUUAUGUGAUUGUAUUCAUAGUGUAACUAAUUGUAUUAGUGAAAAAAUGAAAUGAAAUUUUUGUCUCUUGGUGGAUUCA